AUGACAAUAGAGCAGUCGACCCUUGAGAAAAGACAGAAUGGCUUUCAUUCACACUUUUACCCCCACCAGCACCCCUCUCCCCCAGUUUACCCCCACCAGCACCCCACUCCCUCAGUUUACCCCCACCAGCACCCCACUCCCCCAGUUUACCCCCACCAGCACCCCACUCCCCCAGUUUACCACCACCAGCAUCCCACUCCCCCAGUUUACCACCACCAGCACCCCACUCCCCCAGUUUACCACCACCAGCACCCCACUCCCCCAGUUUACCACCACCAGCACCCCACUCCCCCAGUUUACCACCACCAGCACCCCACUCCCCCAGUUUACCACCACCAGCACCCCACUCCCCCAGUUUACACCCACCAGCACCCCACUCCCCCAGUUUACCACCACCAGCACCCCACUCCCCCAGUUUACCACCACCAGCAUCCCACUCCCCCAGUUUACCACCACCAGCACCCCACUCCCCCAGUUUACCCCCACCAGCACCCUACUCCCCCAGUUUACCACCACCAGCAUCCCACUCCCCCAGUUUACCCCCCACCAGCACCCCACUCCCCCCAGUGUACCCCUACCAGCUCCCCCACUCCCCCAGUUUACCCCCACCAGCACCCCACUCCCCCAGUUUACCCCCACCAGCACCCCACUCCCCCCAGUUUACCACUACCAGCACCCCACUCCCCCAGUUUACCACUACCAGCACCCCACUCCCCCAGUUUACCCCCACCAGCACCCCACUCCCCCCAGUUUACCCCCACCAGCACCCCACUCCACCAGUUUACCCCCACCAGCACCCCACUCCCCCAGUUUACCCCCACCAGCACCCCACUCCCCCCAGUUUACCCCCACCAGCACCCCACUCCCCCAGUUUACCACCACCAGCCCCCCACUCCCCCAGUUUACCCCCACCAGCUCCCACUCCCCCAGUUUACCACCACCAGCUCCCACUCCCCCAGUGUACCCCCACCAGCACCCCACUCCCCCAGUUUACACCCACCAGCUCCCCACUCCCCCAGUUUACCACCACCAGCACCCCACUCCCCCAGUUUACCCCCACCAGCACCCCACUCCCCCCAGUUUACACCCACCAGCACCCCACUCCCCCAGUGUACCCCCACCAGCACCCCACUCCCCCAGUGUACCCCCACCAGCACCCCACUCCCCCAGUUUACCCCCACCAGCACCCCACUCCCCCAGUGUACCCCCACCAGCUCCCCACUCCCCCAGUUUACCACCACCAGCUCCCCACUCCCCCAGUUUACACCCACCAGCUCCCCACUCCCCCAGUUUACCCCUACCAGCUCCCCACUCCCCCAGUUUACCACCACCAGCACCCCACUCCCCCAGUUUACACCCACCAGCUCCCCACUCCCCCAGUUUACCCCCACCAGCACCCCACUCCCCCAGUUUACCACCACCAGCACCCCACUCCCCCAGUUUACCCCCACCAGCACCCCACUCCCCCAGUUUACCACCACCAGCUCCCCACUCCCCCAGUUUACCCCCACCAGCACUCCACUCCCCCAGUUUACCACCACCAGCACCCCACUCCCCCAGUUUACCCCCACCAGCACCCCACUCCCCCAGUUUACCACUACCAGCACCCCACUCCCCCAGUUUACCCCCACCAGUGCCCCACUCCCCCAGUUUACCACCACCAGGCUAUAG